CGCCAGAGGGUCUCUGCCACCCUCGCCACUCAGUCUAUACAGCGUUUUACGCACUGUUGGACUCUGGUGGUUUAGGUCUCACUGGAUGUUUGGGCUUUGUUGUGCGUGGGGCCGAGUGGUUACAGAGCUCCUUGGGCAUGCUGGAGCAGUCUCCGCUUGCCUUCCCCAGUUCACUGCAUACACACACCCUCUGUUCCAGUGACCGUGGCUGGACACGGCCUAGCUGAGAGGGUACCUGGCUGUGACAGAGCCCAGACACUCCUCUUUUUACUCCAGGAGCAAUUCCUCCUGGCAGCCGGGACUGGUGGCAGCAAGGGAUGGAAGGAAAGCAGAAGAGAAGUUACAGGAAAACCAGCCCCUGAAAAUGUGUAUUUGAGCACUGGUGGCUGGAGGGUCUGAGUGACCUUGAGUCCUAGUGCUGUCCAUUCAUACUUGGCAAAUUUUUAUCUCAGUCUUCCGCUUGUAAUAAUAUAAUAUGGAUAUGACUCAGUGGGCAGCUCUGGAACACAUUAUCUGAAUGGUGUCUGAGAGGUUUUCUGUUGAUGCCUUGGUCUGCAUGCUUUGAACUUCCUGGGGCAGCUGCCUCCGUACUGCUGAGACAUUCCCAAAGGAAUGAGUGGCUGGUUGUGGCCCCACACAGCCUGUCUGGGGUGGCUCGUGUAAAGCCACACAGGCUUUGUGACUUUCCUUUGGAAUCUCACUUCUGAUGGUGGCACCAAGGAACUGCUCCAGGAUAAGUUGUGUUUGAUUUUUAACUCCAUGCCCAGCCUGUGUCUCAGUUCUUGUGUGCAGCUGCAGCAUUCCUGGGGCUGGCAGCCAGCCCGGGGUGUAGGGGCUGAGUCAACUGCUGUUGUCAGUAUUGCUACCCUGGGCAUUCAGAUGCUGUGAGUCAGGUUAAAAAGCCACGACUUUAAAAAUAGUACACUGUGGGUUUCUGACCAUGUGCCCACUGGUGUAGCAGCCUUCAGGGCUUACAUGUUGGAAGUGCUCUGGUUUGGGGUUUUUUGAUAUCUUGAGGAAAAACUUGCUUUCAAGAAGUUGAAUUUCAUCACUUUAGAAAAAGGCAGUCAGUAGAAAAGUUUUAGACUGGCAGAGGCCAGACCCAACCUCCUUUUGCUGUGUAAUUUAUAUUUUCUGUGUAAUUUUCUGUGUCCAGGGGCUGUGGCCAUGGAUCUAAUGAGGCAGAACUGCUCCUCAGCAGGAGAUGCAGCAGCAUGGAAGGAGUUAAUACCUCGUGGUUAGAGUAGCUUUGUAUCGAGAUGGAAAUGACUAAGCACACUGCAUUCCUGAAGAGUUACAGAUUUUGAUAUAAAAUCUGCUUGUUUGGUACUGCCCUUGUCUUUGAUGCAUCAGCAUGGCAGAAUUGUUCAGAGGAGCUUUAGGGUUGUUCUGGAGAGGAACAGAAUGGGAAUAGCUGAGAGUUCUGGAAGAGGUCCUUUCCCUGCAGGAAUGAGCUGCCAGCUUCCCUAAGCUGCGGAAGACCAGAAACUGCUUUUUAUUUGGCUACUGACACAGGAGGCUUGGCGACAAGGACUCUGGGGUGGUUUAGGACUGCACAGCUUUCACAAAAGGACUGAGAUUGCCUCAGAGCUGCACGGGCUGGUCCAGGCGGUGUUUGUGCUCCCAGGAGCAGGACAAGGUCGGAGCAGCCAGCCCGGACUUGGUGACAGCGCCAGGCACUUCCGAGUGUGGUGCCAGCUUUGAUGUGUUCAAGACACGGGAGGACGUGGCCAGGGCCGGACAUGGACUGUUUGUGAGCACUCUGGCCCCUGCCAUGCACCCCACGGCGGCUGGGGACAGCAGCUUCUCCCGCGCGGCUGUGCAGACCCUGUCCCGCAGCCACUGCCGCAACAUCAAGCAGAAGAUCUCCCAGUGGGAGGGCAGGACACGGGGCUGCCCCAGCAAGGAGAAGCAGCAGCCAAAGGACUUUGGAGUAAAGUAUGAUCCCAGCUGCAAUGCACUACCCAAAGUGAAGCCAGAAUGCACAGGGAAUGGCAGAAAGGCUGGGUCCAAAGAUCCAAAGAACCUGGGGCUGGAUUUCAGGGAAGAUGCACGGAGCUGCUGGCAGACUGAGGACUGCAGUGGCCCAGCUUCUCGAGCCAAGCAGAAAGGAGAGGGGCAAACAGGAUUCCUGGCCAUGGGGGUAGCAUUGCCCCCAGGGAACUUCUAUACCUCACAAGCUCUGUGGAGAAAAGCAGAUCUCCUCCUGCCUGGCAGAGCCCCUCCUGUUUCCUCAGACCUCCAGAGGAAGCGAGGCAGCUCUGGCUGCACAGAAAGAGAACUGCAAAUCAAAGGAGUGGACACUUUCUGCGGGGCAGAGAGAAGCUUGAGAAACAUUUACUCUGAGGUUGAGGGGCAAGAGGAGGAGCCAGCUCCUGAUCCACCACCCAAACCCCGCAGGACUUUCUGCUAUCUGGCAGAGAAGGGUGCUGGUGCUCAUAGAGAUGCCAGUGCCAGUAGGGAAGCUGUCCUGCAAAAGCAGAGUGGAAGUGACUUGGUGUCAUCCUCCAACAGCCCUGAGAAGAAAAUAGCCAGCAGGAGGAUCAGAGGGAGAGCCCAGAGGAAAUCUUUUGAGUUUGAGGACAUCCAGGGCUUCCGCAAGCAGCCAGCAGCCAGCGGCUCCCACAGACCUCGGGAAGAGACAAAUGGCACUGCAGGAUCCAGGCUGGUCUACACUCAGUCUGAAGACAACAUCUACGAGGACAUUAUCUGUCCUACAAAAGAAGAUCCUUAUGAAGAUAUCAGAGCACUGCCCUUGCCCCUGUGGAAGGUCCCAUCUGUCUGGAAGCUGCCCCCUCCCCGGAGCAUUAGCAGGGCUCCCAAGCCUCCCCCAAAACCUUCCUUCCUCAGUCGCAAGUCGCUGGAGCUGAAGCCCUCCCAGACAAAUUUCCAAGGGAAGAUGGUGAAGGAUACCUCCCUGCCUGUCACUCUGUCUGAGUGGAAGCUGUUCCGAGCAGUGGAGGCUGCUAGCAGGAGAAAGAACCUGCCCUGGCUGGUGCUAAAAAUACAGGAGAUCUUUGAUUCCAAGCGGGGAAAGAAGAAGGUGAAGCUGCUCAGUCCUUCUGGCAGAGAAGCAGCUCCAGUGAAAGGUGAAACCAGUGGGAAUGAAAGCGAUACGGAAAAUCAGCCCAAAAGUCACCACAGGUGCCCAAGGCACUCGGCCUCCAAGAGGAACCCGCACUACCAGACCUUGGAGAGGGAUCUCAUCGAGCUCCAGGAACAGCGGCUCUUUGAGCUCUUCGUGGUGGUGUCCCUGCACAAGAAGGCAUCUGAGGUCACCUACACACCACACAUCAUCCAGCAGUUCCCCAGCAAGCCUGAACAUCCUUUCAGACCAUCAAAGGAUACUGAAGAGAGGCUAAAGGUCAUUCCCAAAUUCUGCUUUCCAGAUCCCAAAGACUGGUUCCCAUCAUCAGACCUUAAAAGUGAAACCUUUUCCUUCGUGCUGACGGGGGAGGAUGGCAGCCGCUGGUUCGGGUACUGCAGGAAACUCCUGCCAGAAGGGAAAGGGAAACGCCUGCCUGAGGUGUACUGCAUCGUGAGCCGUCUGGGCUGCUUCAACCUCUUCUCCAAGAUCCUGGAUGAGGUGGAGAAGAGGCGGGAGAUGUCCCCAGCCCUGGUGCAUCCCUUCAUGCGCAGUGUGAUGGAGGCCCCGUUCCCUGCCCCGGGACGCACCAUCACCGUCAGGAGCUUCCUGCCAGGAGCAGGAGAUGAGGUGAUGGAGCUGUGCCGCCCCUUGGACUCCCGGCUGGAACACGUUGACUUUGAGUGCCUCUUGCAGUGUCUGAGUGUCUCCCACACCAUCCGGGUCUUUGCCUCUCUCCUGCUGGAAAGGAGGGUCAUCUUUGUGGCUGACAACUUAAGCACUCUGUCUAAAUGUGGGCAUGCUGCAGUGGCAACACUUUACCCCUUCACCUGGCAGCACACCUACAUCCCCGUCCUGCCAGCUUCCAUGAUCGACAUCGUGUGCUCUCCGACCCCAUUCCUCAUUGGCAUCCUCUCCUGCUCCCUGCCACAGCUCCAGGACCUGCCCAUAGAAGAGGUUCUGAUUGUUGAUCUUUGUGCUGAUAAGUUCUUGCAAGAGGUAUCAGAUGAGGAUGACAUCCUGCCCCAUAAGCUCCAGGCUGCACUUGUACAAAUCCUGGAAGAACGGAGUGAAAUCCUGUCACAUGGGCAGAGUGACACACAAGGUGACAUGACCCUGAACUCCCUGGUCUCGGAGGCUUUUGUGCAGUUCUUCGUGGAGAUUGUGGGGCACUACUCCCUGCACAUGAGCGUGACGGAGAAGGGGGAGCGCGUGUUCCAGCGGGAGCCCUUUCGCAAAUCCCACGGCUCCCGCACUGUGCGCCACUUCCUGCACUGCUUCAUGGAGACCCAGAUGUUUGCAGGCUUCAUCCAGGACCGGGAGCUCAGCAAGAACCUGGUCAAAGGCCUUUUUGAGGUUCGUGCCUUGGAGUAUUUGGAGAGUAUUCCAGAGACUGAACGAACUGGAAUGAGCAAAAUCCUUCGCAGUCUUGGCAGUAAAAUGAAAUUCCUCCAGAAGAAGUGACCGGGCGCUGCUGCGGGACAGCGGCGGGAGGGGAAUCCCGGGCCGGGCCGGGUUGAGCUGUGGCCUGGGAGGGCCGGGCCAGGCCGGGGGCUCCGCGUGUGCUGCGGUAACAACCAGCGCGGAUCGAUAACAGCUCACGGAUCGAUAACCAGCUCCAUGGAUCGAUAACAGCUCAUGGAUCAAUAACAUCGAUCCAACCCUUCA